UGGUUGGUGGGGAUGCUAAUGCGGUUUGUUGGAUUGGCUUCUAAUCAAAGCUAAACUCAUAGUCUCAACAUAAUCAUCAAAACCUUUGCUUUUGCUUUUUCCAGGGUAGUUAAAUCGUAAGAGCAGCAGCAUGUGACAAAACAUCACUUUCAAAAAGAUAUCGAAUAGUAGUGUUGGGUAGCUAGACCGCCAUCCAUCCGGAUGCAAAUAGCUUAGAAUUAUCUUUGUGUUUGUUGCAUUUAUGGCGGUCUGCGUGUCGCAAUUGUCCAGUGUUGGGUACCUGUUGUUGCUGCUGUUUUCUGCAGGAUGUCUAGUGGUGUUCUCGGAUGUUAACCCGGGUGAUGCGGAGGCCCUCCGGGCGUUGAAAGAUCAAUGGCAAAAUACACCUCCGAGCUGGAAACGGUCAAAUGAUCCAUGUUCAUGGGAAGGUGUCACCUGCAGCAACUCAAGGAUCAUCGCAUUGGGGUUGUCUAGCAUGGGUCUGGUAGGUCAGCUGGUUGGCGACAUUGGUGGUCUCACAGCAUUAACUUCUUUGGACUUGUCAUUUAACGGAGGCCUUACUGGUUCGAUCUCUCCACGGAUAGGCGAUCUGAAAAGCCUUAACAUACUAAUUCUUGCAGGCUGUAGCUUCACUGGCAACAUUCCACCUGAAAUUGGAAAUCUUAAGGAACUAUCAUUUUUGGCGCUAAACACGAACAAUUUAACGGGUGAGAUCCCGCCUUCACUGGGAUCUCUUUCAAAACUUUACUGGCUAGACCUGGCAGAGAAUCAUCUCACAGGAUCCAUUCCUGUAUCUACCACCACCAAACCAGGCUUGGAUCAGCUAAAACAUGCUAAACAUUUCCAUUUUAACAAGAACAAGCUCUCAGGCCGGAUUCCCGAGCAGCUUUUUAGCGACGACAUGGUGCUGAUACAUGUAUUGUUUGAUGGAAAUCAGUUUACUGGAGACAUCCCAUCCACAAUAGUAUAUGUUCAGACAUUAGAGGUCCUUCGGCUUGAUAGAAAUGCGUUGUCGGGUGAGGUGCCAUUGAAUCUUAAUAACCUUACUAGCCUCAGUGAAUUGAAUUUAGCUCACAACAAUCUGUUUGGAGCUCUGCCUGAUUUAAAUGGGAUGAAUUCCCUUAGUUAUGUGGAUUUGAGCAACAAUUCCUUCCGGCAAUGUGAGCCACCAGUUUGGUUUUCGACCUUACCAUCGUUAAGCACUCUGGUUAUGGAGUUUGGUUCAAUCAAAGGAAGACUGCCACAAGAACUUUUCAGUUUAUCAGGAAUUCAACAAGUGAAACUAAAGAACAAUGAACUCAAUGAUACAUUGAAUAUGGGCAGCAGCAUUGGCGAGCAACUGCAACUGGUAGAUUUGCAAAGCAAUGAGAUUGAAGCGGUAACAUUGAGUGCCGAAUACAGAAACACAUUAGAACUGUCUGGGAACCCGGUCUGCAAUACAGCUCUAGCACACACUACCUACUGUCGAGUUCAACAACAAACCUUAAAGGCAUAUUCUACGAGCUUAGCCAACUGUGGGAGCAAAUCAUGUCCGUCGGAUCAAAGACUUAGCCCUCAGACAUGUGACUGUGCAUAUCCAUAUGAAGGCACAAUGUACUUUAGAGCACCCUCAUUUAGAGAAUUAUCAAAUGCUAAUGUUUGGCAUUCUCUAGAAAUGAGCCUUUGGGUGAAACUAGGAUUGACACCCGGGUCAGUUUCGCUACAAAACCCGUUUUUCAACACUGACGAUUAUCUUCAGGUGUACUUGCAACUAUUCCCCUCAAAGGGUAAGCGUUUCAACCGAUCAGAUGUUCAGAAGAUGGGUUUUUACUUGAGUAAUCAAACCUACAAGCCACCACCUGGAUUCGGGCCGUAUUUUUUCAUAGCAAUGCCGUAUGAUUUCUCGGGCCAUGAAGGUGCUUCUGUCGGGGUCGGGACAAUUAUCGGGAUCACUACUGGUUGUACUGUUUUGGUGCUAAUUCUUAUUGGGCUUACUCUAUAUGCUGUUCGCCAAAAGAAACGGGCUGAAAAGGCAAUCGGUUUAAGUAGACCUUUUGCAUCUUGGGCUUCAAGUGGUAAAGAUGGCGGUGGUGCACCACAACUAAAGGGAGCUAGAUGGUUUUCUUAUGAUGAACUCAAGAAAAGUACCAAUAACUUCUCUCAAGCAAAUCAGAUAGGAUCUGGUGGCUAUGGCAAGGUGUAUAAAGGAGUGAUAAGUGGGGGACAAGCAGUUGCAAUCAAAAGAGCUCAGAAAACAUCAAUGCAAGGCGGGCAGGAGUUCAAGACAGAAAUUGAAUUGCUUUCGCGGGUUCAUCACAAGAAUCUUGUGGGCCUUGUCGGGUUUUGUUUCGAACAGGGAGAACAGAUGCUGGUGUAUGAGUUUAUGCAAAAUGGUACACUCAGAGACAGCUUGUCAGGGAAAUCGGGAAUUCAUCUAGACUGGAAAAGGAGACUUCGCAUUGCUCUUGGUUCAGCAAGAGGACUCACUUAUCUCCAUGAGCUCGCAAAUCCACCUAUCAUUCAUAGAGAUAUCAAGUCCACCAAUAUCCUUUUAGACGACAAUCUAACAGCAAAAGUUGCUGAUUUUGGCCUAUCUAAGCUCAUUUCUGACGCUGAAGAACAUGUCUCGACUCAAGUUAAGGGUACAAUGGGCUAUCUAGAUCCUGAAUACUACAUGACACAGCAAUUGACGGAUAAAAGUGAUGUGUACAGCUUUGGUGUCGUAAUGCUUGAACUAGUAACGGCUAAACCGCCAAUCACAAAAGGGAAGUACAUUGUGCGAGAGGUGAGAAUGAAAAUGGAUAAAACCGAGGAAGAGGAGUAUGGGUUGAGAGGGUUGAUGGAUCCAAACAUAAAAAACACGACAUAUUUGACAGGUUUUAAGACGUAUAUACAACUAGCAUUGCAAUGUGUUGAAGAUUCGGGUUCAGACCGCCCGAGUAUGAGUGACGUUGUGAAGGCACUUGAGACCAUUUUGAUAACUGACGGGCUCCACACUGACUCUACGUCUGCAUCCUCGUCUGCAACCGAGUUUGGGUCGGCUAAAGGUGCACCUAGACAUCCCUAUAAUGAGGUUACACUCAAAAGGAAUGAUAGUGGUGCAUUUGAUUACAGUGGUGGAUACAAUAUUUCAACCAAAGUGGAACCCAAGUGAUGUAUGUGUGUGUAUAACACCAUUUAUUUUUGCCAAAAUUCUAUCUACUCAUAUAAUUUGACAUGUUUUCAGAUAGACUAUCAAA